CAGUAAAAAGUCCAAGUUCGCUGCCUGACAAGAAAAGGGCUUGCAAGUGUUGGUCGGAGUUUGAAGUUUGAUGCGUGAUCCUGCAGUUUGCUGACCUACAUAGAUAUCAUAGCAGCAUAGAGAAAACAACUCAUGUGAUAGGUGACAUUUGCAUCAUGUGCUCCUGCAUUUGCCACAUACCAGUCACAUCAAUAGUUUUAUUAGAUUACAUUAAUUUGAUUAUGUGUCAUCUUUAGUCAUUAAGUAAAACUUGUGGCUGGCAUGAUAGUCUUUCAGUUCACGCAUAGCAUCUUGUUUUAUUUUUAUAUUGUUGUUUUUCUAUUUGCUUGAAUAGUUAGUUAAAACACAUAAUGGCACAUGAUGUUUUUCCUCUCCUUCGGAUCUUGGCAUCAGUCUGCAUGCACAGACUGAACAACUUAGAUUCAUGGUAAAUCAUAACACACAAACUACGUGAACCGUAGAGUAAAGAGUUAAACCAUCCAGCUCAGCUUUAAAAGAGGAACACACGACAAAAUAUGAAAAUAGUACUUCUCGUCUCUAGCGGCUUUGAACUGUCCUUUUUAUCUUUAUAUAUGGCCGAGGUCGACCAGGCAACAGAUAAAUCUUUUUUAUUUUAUCGUUUCAACUUACUGUUUCUCUGGAAUCUGUCUGGGCUGUUAGUUGUAAAAGCUGCAUCGAACUCAGGUCAAGCUAUUCAAGGAGUUAAUUAGGAAGGAAUACCUUUUAGUGCAAACAUAUUGCCUGCAGUGUGAGGAACAUGUGCUUGUCACCAUGUUUUAAAUCCUGAGUAGAAGGAUUAGGUUUCAUCUGGAGCCAUUUUACUGUUACAGUUGCCAAAAGGUGCUUGGUAGCAGGCAUCAUUGGCUACAGGAGGAGUCUAUGCAUGUUGCUCUCUCUGGCCAAAUUUCUAUGGUAGAGGGCACUAUUUGACCAUAAGUGGAAUUUAUCUAACACCAGGCUGGGUUCCUCUUAGGUCAGACACAUUAAACAUCUGUCACUGGUAAUAUCGCAGGAAAAAGGCGCUGUACACGUUAGACUAAAUCUGAAACCCGAUACUGUGUAAGGACCCGAGUUGAGAAACAGAAAUGUUAUGCACAAUUGAUGUGCAGGGGUGGAGAGAGAGCAUUGUUGCUGUCUUUUCCCAUAACAUGGACCACUAGAAUCUUGGACGGAAAUGCACAAAUUGCUCAAAUGCCUUCUGUUACGGAGCAAAACAAGAGGAAACUCCACUCCGGUUUACUUUGAACUUGUUUUUCCUUUUAAAAUAACUUAUAAGAGGAAAGAAAGGAAGAAAGCUCUCUUACGAAGGGAAUAUAUCACAGUUUGGGAGGGAUUGCUGAACCGGAGCGACACUGCUAUGUGGAUUACUUUCAUGUUGACAUGGUUGAGUUGCAGGUAAAGUGUCUGUGUGUGCUUAUGUUCCUGAGCUUCCCUCUGAAUAUGGCUGAGGUCCCUGGUCCAUGCAGACACUCCAUCACUAGGGAGCACCUGCUUACAGUCAGGAACCUGAUGGAUAACCAGUUGAGAAGUGGUUGUUCGAUAACCUACACAUUCAUAGAACGGAGAAGUUUGAGCAAAUGUUGCUUUGUAAAAGCUGCUUUACCAUGGAUCCUGGAGCUUCUCACCACCCACUUCAAAUAUAACCGGGGGUCAGUCAAUGAUGGCUAUGUUCAGUCCCUGAGAGCGCUCAUCCUCAACAUCUAUUCUCAGAAAUGUGUGCCACAGAUUAAUGAAGAGGUUGAAGAUAAGCCAGAGAGUUUUGAGACGCUGUACAGAGGGUCUCCUUCAGAGGCGCUGCAGAGGGCUUCAGAGGUGCUGUCUGUUUACUGGGAGCUGAUCACAACCAGCAACGCACCAGUGGACUGGAGAUGCCAGCACGAAUACACAGAAACCUUUGGCUCUACCACAGAGCUAUUCACAGAGUCACCCGCACAUUUUACAGACAGUUAUGGUAGGAAGUCAGUGAAGGCCUCUCAGAGAAGACCGGUCAAAGACCUGUACAAGCUUGGCUUCAUCAUUGCCUCCAUUUGCGGAGGACUGCUAUUCAUACUCACGCUCUACUGUCUCAUCUCACAAAAGAGAACCCACAACCCCCACAGAUCAAGAUACACAAACCAAAGCAGAGACCUGCAGGACAUAGAGAUGGAGCCACAAUAAUGUGACACACAGCACAUCACUGCAGCGGCAGACGGAACACUUGUGAAGCUGUACAUUUUAUCCAUCACAAACAAGAUGUCAUAUCAGUAUUGUGUGUAAUAUAUCACGCUCACCUAUUUAAUCGGAAGCUUCGCUUUGACUGAAAGCAAAGAUGGACCUUAUUUGGAUUAAUAUGCUAUGUAUAUUAUGUUUAUGCGUUAUCUUUUGCAGUUCACAAAAAAGUUUUAUUUUUACACUAGUUAUGAAUGUUGAAUAAUGUGUCUCCAUUUGCUGCCACUUAACCAACUGUUUGUAAUGUUGUUUGCCAAACAUUUCCACAAGUUAUUUAUUAGUUUGACUCUAUUCCAUGACCGUAUUGAUAAUAAAAAGUUACCAUCAAGACUAGA